UUUUGACCAUUUUAAUUUACACUUUCUGAAAUCGUCUCUAAUCUGUGUCAAACCUCAAUCGAAUCUAAAAAUUGAUUUCUGAUUUUGUAAUUUCUAUGUUUGAUAUUGGGUGUCGGGUUGACGGGUCGUUGUAACAUUUGACUUGGCGCCUGUUUUGAAAACAAGUUUAAAUAGUAUCAUAUCGUUUAAGGAAAAAUUCAUCUAAAUAUAAUACUGAAAAUGAAGAAGAUAAUUAUAUUUUUUUUAUUUAUAUUGAAAAGUAUACAAGCUGAACCAUUACCAAUUGUGUUGUGGCAUGGAAUGGGAGACACAUGCUGUUUUUCAUUUAGCUUAGGAUCAUUCAAAGCAUUUCUUGAAGACCAAAUCCCAGGUGUUUAUGUAAAGUCUCUUAUGAUUGGUGACUCCAUUAUAGAAGAUAUGGAAAAUGGUUAUUUCAUGUAUCCAAAUAAACAAGUUGAUUAUGUAUGUGACAAGCUCUCUAAGGACCAAAAAUUACACCAGGGUUUUAAUGCCAUUGGAUUUUCUCAAGGAUGUCAGUUCUUCCGCGCAGUAAUUCAAAGAUGCGGCGACAAGAUACCAGCGGUAAAGAAUUUCAUCAGCCUCGGAGGUCAGCACCAAGGAGUGUAUGGUCUGCCUCACUGUGGUGCUCUCCAGCAUCAGACGUGUGACUAUAUUAGGAAAUUGCUCAACUAUGGUGCUUAUUACAGUUGGCUCCAGAAGUCCUUAGUACAAGCGACCUACUGGCACGACCCGUUAAACGAAGAGAAGUACAAAAAAUACAGUGAAUUCUUGUCUGAUAUCAACAAUGAAGUUGACAUAAAUCAUACGUAUAUUGACAAUUUAAGUCGGCUAGAACAUUUUGUUAUGGUCAAGUUCGAUAAUGACACAAUUGUUCAACCCAAAGAGACUGAAUGGUUCGGGUUCUAUGCGCCUGGGCAGGCCAAAAAAUUGAUUACCUUGCAAGAAUCAGAUUUGUAUCUUAAUGAUCGCUUGGGCCUGCAGAAAAUGGAUAACGCUGGAAAAUUGGUAUUUCUCUCAGUACCAGGCGAUCACAUAAAAUUUUCUGAAGAUUGGUUUUUGGAAAGCAUUCUGACUCCGUACCUUGCUUAGAUCAUUCUUAUUAAGUGUUUAUAAAGUAAAACAAUUUACAUUUUAGACUAACAUUAUAGAAUCUCAAAGAGAAUUGUUAUAUUAAUAAAAAAUUUACUCCCAAAA